CAGAGCGUCGAAUCUGGGUUUUUCUAAAGACUUUUUUUUUUUGGGAUUUGAAUGCCACUAUUUUCGUGGGUUUCGAUUCAAAUUUUUAAUGGGGUUGUAAAUUUACAAUUUAUUUUUCUUUUUGUACAAUUUUUUUUAGAAGUACAGUCUCAGCUCCUACACAUCAGUCUCUGUUUGCUGUGCUUCUUCAACACCCGCGCUAUAUAUCAGGAAGCUUCAAUUAUGUACGGAGGAGAUGAGGUAUCAGCUAUAGUAAUUGAUCUGGGCUCGCACACUUGCAAAGCCGGUUAUGCUGGUGAAGAUGCACCCAAGGCUGUGUUUCCAUCUGUGGUUGGAUCAAUUGAUCAAAUGGAAGUUGAUGACCCUGCAAAUGCUGAAAAGAACUCUGGAUCUGCUGGAGAGUCAAAAAACAAUUCUAACAAUUCUAAAACUCUUGAUUCUGACAAAGCCAAGGGUAGAAGGAAGUUAUAUGUUGGAUCUCAAGCCUUAGGAUUUCGCCGGGAUCAUAUGGAGGUUCUGUCACCCUUAAAGGAUGGAGUUGUUGCUGACUGGGAUCUUGUUGACAGCAUAUGGGAUCAUGCUUUCAGGGAGUGCCUGUUGAUUGAUCCGAAGGAGCAUCCCAUGCUACUUGCAGAACCAUCUUCUAACACUCAGCAACAAAGAGAAAGGACAGCAGAGCUUAUGUUUGAGAAGUACAAAGUUCCUGCCUUAUUUUUGGCUAAGAAUGCUGUACUCACUUCUUUCGCUUCAGGCCGUGCUACUUCGUUGGUUGUUGAUAGUGGAGGAGGAUCCACAACAGUUGCUCCAGUUCAUGAUGGCUAUGUCCUUCAAAAGGCUGUAGCAUCUUCUCCUAUUGGAGGAGACUUUCUCACUGAUUGCUUGACAAAAAGUCUGGAAAGCAAAGGUAUCACGAUUAAACCCAGAUAUUCUUUCAAGAGAAAGGAAAUACGACCUGGAGAGUUUCAGACUGUAGACCUUGAUUUUCCAAAUACAACAGAAAGCUACAAACUCUAUUCACAGAGGGUUAUAGCCAAUGAUAUUAAGGAAUGUGUGUGCCGGGCGCCGGAUACUCCAUACGAUGAAAGUGCAUAUUCAAAUAUUCCAAUGACCCCAUAUGAGCUUCCUGAUGGCCAGACAAUUGAAAUCGGAGCUGACAGAUUCAAGAUUCCUGACAUUCUGUUUAACCCACCCCUAGCUCAGACAAUUCCUGGUACGGAGAGUUUUGCAGAGAUUGCUUCUUCUGUUCGUGGAUUGCCACAAAUGGUUAUAGAGAGUAUUAAUAAGUGCGAUGUUGACAUUCGUAGAGAACUUUUUAGUAGUAUACUGCUUGCUGGUGGCACAGCAUCGAUGCAACAGUUAAAGGAACGCCUUGAGAAAGACUUGCUAGAGGAGUCUCCUCAAGCUGCUAGAGUUAAAGUAUUGGCAAGUGGAAAUGCAACAGAAAGGCGAUUCAGUGUCUGGAUAGGUGGGAGUAUAUUGGCUUCUCUUGGUUCAUUCCAACAAAUGUGGUUCUCAAAGUCUGAGUAUGAAGAGCACGGUGCUUCUUACAUUCAGAGAAAAUGCCCUUAACAUGGGCAUUCUUUAUGAACAACUAUCAAAGUCGAAAAGGUGUGAACUUUCAAGAUUGUUAUAUCUGAACCUUCCCCGGGUCCUGUAAAAGCUUUGAAAUGCUGUGUUUAGUUAGUAUACUCGGAUGAGAAUGGUCUUAUUUGUACCAUUCCAUUUGUCUAUUUGUUUUGAAAUUAUACUGAUUCAAUAUCUUAAUUUGGCAAACUUUUCGCCACUGUAGUGUAGUUAAUUAAACGAGUACUCUCAAUAUUCAAAACUGAUACUCUACUCUA